UGGUUGCUGAGCUGCGUUGUGCGCUUUGGUGCGGGGAUGUCCUCCGGAGCGCGCGGUUUCACGGUGCGUAAAGACGCUUCCACCACAACACGUGCGCCACCUGCUCUUUUCUACAUUUUCACACGGGCUUCUUCUUCUUCUUCCCUCCAGAGAGAAAUCACUCCCAGUAACAGGAUAUUACCUUUUUUUUUUUUUUUUUUUUUCUUUUUAACAUCCAGCUCACGGAACCGGUCUGAUGCCCAGAAGAUGGACCCUCUCUACAACGGCACCGACUGUAACGGGACGGGCGUCUCCGUGAACUGCAGCGACGGCUUCAACCAGUUCGUCCAGCCGCUGUGGCAGAUCACACUGUGGGCUGUGGCGUACUGCAGCAUGGUGGCGGUGUCUGUGGUCGGUAACGUGGUUGUUAUCUGGAUUAUUCUGGCGCAUAAACGCAUGAGGACCGUCACCAACUACUUUCUGGUGAACCUGGCCUUCGCUGAAGCCGCCAUGUCAGCUUUCAACACAGUGAUCAACUUUGCCUACGCCGUUCACAACGAGUGGUACUUUGGUGUGGUUUACUGCCGCUUCCACAACUUCUUCCCUAUCGCCGCCAUAUUUGCCAGCAUUUACUCCAUGACGGCCAUAGCCCUGGACAGAUACAUGGCUAUCAUCCACCCGCUGCAGCAGAGGUUGUCUUCUACAGAGACCCGUGUGGUGAUCGCUGUGAUCUGGAUGCUGGCUCUGCUUCUCGCCUUCCCUCAGUACUACUACUCGUCCACAGCCCUGCUGCCUGGACGCACGGUCUGCUACAUCGACUGGCCCGACUACACCAGUGUGGACUGCAAGAAGAUAUACUAUGUGUGUGUGACACUGCUGAUCUACUUCCUGCCGCUUUGCAUCAUGGGAUGUGCAUACACGACUGUGGGCAUCACCCUCUGGGCGAGCGAGAUUCCCGGAGACUCGUCUGAACAUUACAAAGAGCAGCUCAUUGCCAAACGCAAGGUGGUGAAGAUGAUGAUCGUGGUGGUGUGUACGUUCGCUGUCUGCUGGCUGCCCUAUCACAUCUACUUCCUGCUGCACCAGUUCUUCCCCGAUCUGUUCGAGCAGCGCUACAUCCAGCAGGUCUACCUGGCCGUCAUGUGGCUGGCCAUGAGCUCCACCAUGUACAACCCCAUCAUCUACUACUGCCUCAACAGCAGGUGA